GUCAACACUCUACCUUCAUUAUCGCGGAUAACCAAAAAAAAUUUCUUGAGUGUUGAAAUGAACUCUUCCGAAAAUCAAAACAAUUUGACCAAAAUUUAAUGCUAACACCAUGGCAACGAGGAAAACGACAACAUUGAAUAUUAAACAUUAGUUUGAAAGUAUUUUUUUUCUAGUUUCUUUAAAAUUGGUAAAUUCCAAAAGGCUCAAGAUGAGUUCAUCAUCUGUAACGACUCCUACGAAACAAAUUAAAACAGAUAGUUGGAUGGAUGAUGUUUUACGAACGAGUAGCAAUUCCGUCAAGAAUGGAAAAAAUUACUCCAAUCUUCUAGAAAUGGAACGUUUCGGUCCAACGAAUGUUUCUUCAGAAGAGACGAGCACCAUCGAUUAUAAUCCAAUUGAUGACAUUCCGACAAUUCCAGAUGUGGAUGAACUUCAGGAAAAUAAUUUGCACAACGAAUCACUGAAUCUGCCCACAGUUACAACUUAUAAACAAUUGAGUUCUGAUAUUUUUCGUCAGGGAAGAUCGUCUCUUGGUAAUCUGGAUGAAAUCGAUAUAUCAAUUCUCACUGACUGUCUAGAAAACGAGGAGGAUAUAGAAGAACCCGACGAGCCAUGGAACUGGGAUCAACUUUUCACACAGUUGUCAGUAAAGAUAAGUACUGAAACAAAAUCAUCUCAAGUAGAAUUUAAAAACUGAAUAAAUAUUAUUUUAGAUUA